ACUAGGCACCACACUGUAUAUGGGUGAUUAGGUGAAGGGAAAGGGGAUACCUAGUCAUUUGCACAAUCGAAUGCAUCUUCCACACUUAACCAAACCCUUCUGAAUGAGAGAGGUGCAGGGGGCUACCUUAAUCAGCGUCAUCAGCACCCGGAGAGAAUCGCAGAUUUUUCCAACUUCCCGGCUGGGGGAUUCAUACCAGCAACCUUUCUAUUACUGUCCGAACACUCUUAAAUCGCUAGGCUACCUGUGUGGGUGUGUGUGUGUGUGUGUGUGUGUGUGUGUGUGUGUACUGAGCUAAGGGGUUUGUGGUUUUAGGGGUACGUGCCUGUUCUCAGCAAGAGAGGAGGGACUGUGAACAUAACCACAAGUGUACUGGUAUAACAAGGCACCCUGAAAGUUGAACACUUGAAUGCUGAUUCUGUAUCUUAAAAGACAAUUAAUCUCCAUUACAAGUUGCUAUUGGACCAAUGUAUUUUGACAUCAUGGCAAGACAGAAGAUCCAAACCUUUGCUGUGAUGUAUUUCUUCCAGGCUUGGACUUUGGGUGUGGACUCCAAGAUGGUUCAUCUCCGUCAGCCUGGUCUCCAUUCCCCCAUACCCUUAGACAUGGUCCCUAACUCUGUUGACGACAUGUACCAACGCUGCACUGAAAGAAUGUACAAGAAGGUGCAGGGGGAAUAUCUCCCGAAUGAAAACAGCAAUGUAAGGAUCUUCAAAGAAGCCUGGAUGAAGGCAGAAGGAUGUGCAAAUAAUGUGGAGAAACGAUUCAAAGAAGACAAUUCUCAGUAUAAUUCUAAAGAACUUACACAUGAUCAUAUCAAGGCUAUCUGUGCUUACACAGCAGAGUUAUCUGAGAUAUACCCAGUGUUCAACCAAGCAGUCAGAACCAAAAGAACAGAGUACACAACCUCCUUCCACUUCCACUCCCUUCAUUUCCUGCUGACUGAUGCCCUCCGCCUCCUGAAACGGAACCAAAAGACCUGUCACACCACAUAUCGAAGAACCAACAUGGAGUUUGUCAGUAAAGUUAACAAAGUAAUCAGAUUUGGCCUCUUUGCCUCGAGCUCUUUCAUAAAGAACUUGACACAUUUUGGAGAGGAGUCCUGCUUCGAGAUUAAGACAUGUUUUGGCGCUGACCUGAAGUCCUACCCAGAGAUGGGGAAUUAUGAAAAGGAGGUGUUGAUUCCACCGUAUGAAGUGUUCAAAGUUACUGCCGUGCUAAAGAAAGAAAAUGAUAGAAACCUUUGGUGCAAUGUUGUGUACAAACUAAAGAGUAUCAACACACUGAGUAACCUGAAUUGCACAAUUUUUAAGAAGCCAACUAUUAAUUAAGAAAAUGAUUAUUGAUCUUGAGUCAUUGUCCCUAAACAGAAUUGAAAUCAAACAGUCAGGCUGCUUAUCCUUCUUAUAGUAAAUGAAGUCAAACAAUGUGUUUUCAGUGUCUAAAGCUUUUAUUGUAAUAAGGUAAUUGGUUCAUUGGUGGAUGUUACAUAAAAACCUAAUCCUGACUACCAGAAAUAGUGAUUAUUAAGAUGUUUGUAUUAGCCUGUGUUUCAAACUCCAUAGGAGACUUUAAAUCACUCUUAUGCCUUCUGCAGCUUGUUUCAACAUGAAUAAAGAAAAUCAUUGAGCUUGA